GCUAAGAUAAAGUUCCAGGCAUUGCACAUCAAUGUAUCAAACCCUAAAGAAUUAAAAGUGAAGUGGUCCGACUUCCCCAAUGAUUUUGCAUUUGGAGUCAGCACUGCUGCUGCACAGAUUGAAGGAUUAACAAAUAAAGCAGGACGAGGACCAAGUGUUUGGGACGAGUUUGUUAAGACAUUCCCAGAACGCAUUGCAGACCAUUCUACCAUGUCUACGGCAAUUGACUCAUACAAGCGAUACAAGGAAGAUGUGAAGGCAGUGAAAGCCCUUGGAGUUGAUUCUUAUAGAUUUUCCAUCUCUUGGACCAGGAUUCUCCCCAAGGGAACCUUGAGUGGAGGAAUAAACCAAGAGGGUAUUGAUCACUACAACAACUUGAUUGAUGAACUAAUCAAGAAUGGCAUCACACCCUAUGUAACCAUAUUACAUUUCGAUCCACCACAAGCCUUGACAGUCAAGUAUGGAGGCUUUCUGGAUCGCUCCUUUGUGGAUGACUUUAAGGAUUACAGUGAACUUUGCUUUAAGAUCUAUGGAGAUAGAGUCAAAAAUUGGAUUACAAUCAACGAGCCUUUUAUUAUAGCCAAAAUGGGCUAUGAUCUUGGGGUUGCUCCACCAGGCAGGUGUUCCAUACCAGGUGGUCAUUUCCAUUAUUGCACAGCUGGAAAUUCAUCUACUGAACCUUACAUUGUGGUUCAUAACCUUCUCCUUGCCCAUGCCACUGUUGUUAAGCUCUAUAGAGAAAAGUUUCAGACAAAACAAGGUGGACAAAUUGGAUGGAGUCUUGUAGGUUCAUAUGUUGAGCCUUAUUCAAAUUCAUCUAAGGACAAAGCUGCAGCAAAAAGAAUUUUGGACUUUGAACUUGGAUGGUUCAUGGAACCAAUAGUAUAUGGACAUUAUCCAAAGAGUAUGAGGCGCUUGGUCAGGAAAAGGCUACCCCGUUUCACCAAAGAAGAGAAGAAAUUGAUUAAAGGAUCCUUUGAUUUCAUUGGCAUCAACUAUUAUACCUCGAGAUAUGGUAGAAACAUUCCAGCACGUCUAGAUAUGCCAAACUUCUAUCGCUAUGAUCCUCUAGCGUCAUCAGAGCCCAAGAAUGUAAAUGGAGUCCCAAUUGGUCCUCAGGCUGAUGGUAGCAUGUUCAUCUUGUCUUAUCCACAAGGUCUCAAGAAACUUUUGAAGUUCAUGAAGCGAAAAUACCAGAGCCCUAAGAUCUACAUUUCCGAAAAUGGAAUUACAGAGGCAAAGGACGAUAAGCGUGGACUCGAUGUAGCACUGAAGGAUCCACAUAGAAUUGAAUGUAUUCUUCGGCAUUUGUACAUGAUCAAGCAGGCCAUAAAGAAGGGUGUGAACGUCAAAGGAUAUUUCCACUGGGCUUUAUUUGACGAUUUUGAGUGGGGGGAAGGCUAUGUCCCAAGGUACGGGCUUUAUUACGUCGACUACAAAGACAAUCUCAAGCGCAUUCCUAAAGAAUCUGCAAAGUGGCUCCCUAAAUUCCUAAAAGGCGAUGAUGCGAUAGUUAGCCAUAAGCUGUAG